ACCACCUCCUCCAUCCUACUUAUACCCCACUCUCGCGCCCGUUUCCACACACGCUCCUUUCUCCUCCUCUACCUCCUCCUCCUCCUCACCCUCCUCGCUCACCCCUCACUCACGACACAUCGACCGCAAUGCAGGCCCCAGACGUACACCCGGCACUCUACGUGCUCCUUGCGCUUCCCAUCCUCGCCGUCGUCCUCCGCGCCCGCCGCGGUCCAAGCCGCGAGAAGAUCAUCAAGCCCACCGACGAGCGCGUCGUUCUCCUCGGCUCCUCCUCGGGCGUCGGCAAGGAUCUCGCCUUUGCAUACGCCAAGCGCGGCGCCAAAAUCGUCCUCGUCGCCCGUAGAGCCUCAUCCCUUGAAGAGGUCAAGGCCCAGUGCGUCGCCCUAGGCUUGAAGGAGGAUCGCAUCAUCGUGUGCCCCGCCGACAUCCGCAACCCCUCGGACCUCCUCGGCGUCCGCGACGCGGUCGUAAACGCCUGGGGUGGCCUCGACACGCUGCACAUCCUCGCAGGCGUGCCCUCUACCCGCACGCUGUUGCAGAUUGCGGGCGUCGACCUCGUCCCCGAGCCGCGCCCGAUCGUCCCCCGCCCCCGCCUCGUUCCAGCCGAAGACCUGGCCUGGGUCGGCCCCGGCGGCGCCUACCACUCCGCCACGCAUCUGCCCACCGCUAGAGGCCUGGAAGCAGUGGCUGCCGAGGCGCGCGCCUGCUCCGAAAUCAACUUUGUCGGCACGGUGCUUGCGCUCGCGGCUUUCCUCCCCGUCCUCUGUGUCAGCUCGGCCUCGCCUGCCAUCCACCACCUCUCCUCGGUCGCGGCCGCCAUCGCCGCCCCCAGCCGCUGCAUCUACUCCGCCACCAAGUCGGCGGCGCUCAUGGCCGUCGAGAGCGCGCGCGUCGAGUGCGAGGGCGCCGGCGUCCGCUUUUUCUCCCUCCUCCCCGGCACGAUCGACAACGAGUUCCGCACCAAGACCCCCUGGUCCCAGAACGGCGGCAACUGCGAGGUCGAGAAGGGCGUCAAGGCCGGCUGGACCGAAAAGCUCCUCCUCCCGCCCCAGGCCGUCGUCGACGCCAUCCUCACCCAGCUCGCUCUCCCCCCCGCGCCCUACCCCGUCAUCCCGUACCCGCCCUUCUCGUGGGUUCCCGCCCUCCGCGCGCCCCCCAAGUCCACAUUCUUCCUCCCCUACAUGUACAAGCUCGCCACGCUCAUGGCCCUCACCCCGCUCGGAUACCUGUACGUCGAGCCCAACGCUCGCAAGAAGUACGGCCUGCGCCCAUGAGCUGUUGUAGGCGCUGUCGAUGUCGAGAAACGGGCGGUCUGUCGCACCGCUGCUGUCAUGGAGGGGCGUAUCCCGGUAAAACUAUGUGUAUUUGGUCAUCUCAUCAUGACAGAUGUGACGGCGAUUUAGAAGUGAUGAUACAGGCUGCGGAAUGUCACACCCGUCAUACUUGUGUUGG